AUGGCUGAAAUUCAAGCAGUAGCUACUACUACUCAAUUACCCGCCGCCGAGCAGGAGACUGUGUCUGACAAUACUCAGCAACCCCCGAUGCCAAAUGAUAUCCCUCCUGGGGCUUCCCCCAGUCACUCGAGUUCGUCUUCUCAAAAUGAAUCUACAUCAACAGAGACCUCACUUGCCGUUUCCAACUGCAGUGAAGAACUCGCUGUUCCCCCUCCUGCAAGUACUGGCCCUCAACAACAAGAAGAUGCUGACACAUUUCGGCCCCCUUCAGACACGAAUUCGAAACGCACAGUGUCGGCUCUCACGCCCAGACCAACUCGGGUUGCUUUGGCGCCGUCAAUUGCACAGCGUACUCCGGAAUUCAAACAUCGCAAGCGCAAUCUCGAGUCUAUCCUUACCCCGAAAGCCAAUUUUCCCCUUCCAGCUGCUCCGGUAAAUGGAGCUCAGCCCACGAACCCAGGCUCUAAGGAUCUGCUUUCUUUUCAAUCCCCGUCCACGUUUCCCGUGCCUCCGCCUAGCAAACCUGUUUUACGACAAAACAAUGCUCCGAAAACGCCUGAACUUAUACCCCAAAAGUCUCUUCUUGACGCAACACCCGCUUCUUCCUCUAACGCACCGUUCCAGUUUGCUUUGACCAAUGCUCACAAAGAAAAAGCACAGUAUGAGGCAGAGUUGCGGAGUCUAGAAGCCAAAUACACCGGUUCUAUCCAAGAAUGCGCCGAACUAAAACACUCCAUCCAAGAGCUGUCUGGCCAGUUCUUUGCCGCUUGUGAGCAAAUUCAAAAACUUCAAUCUUCUCUUGAAGAAGCAGCCUCUGCAGCGGUUCCACCGCCGCCUGCGAACAAUGACAAGCUUUUUACGGAGGAACAGCUUGAACAAAUUUUGCACGAACGGAUGGAGAAGUGGGCCACAGAGCUGCAUGCUCAGUAUUCAGCAAAACACACCCAGAAAAUUAAUGCUUUCAAAGCUAACUAUGCUAAGAAAUAUGAAAGCACAAUUCAAGAGUUACAGAACCAAGUCAACAGUAAUGCUCUCAUAUUAAAUUCUGGCUCUCAGGAUGAACUGACGAAAGAACUGAUGAAGCUAAGAAAUGAUAAUGAAACGUUACGAAUGCAACUAGAAAGUGCUGUGCAUGAGCGGCAAAAAAUGACGACCUUCUUGACGGGAUUGAAAACUAAUUUGGAGAAAAAUGAUCAGCUUCUUCAACAGCAACAAGUGAAGCAUCAAGAAGAAAUCAACAACCUCAACAAACGACUCGGUGUUGUUUCUAAUCAGCUCACGGUUGAGCGACAGGAACGCGAACAAGUAAUGAAAAUGAGCGAAGAUUUACUAGCUAUCAUUGACAAGCUGGAAAAACAACAACAGUCUUCUUAA